AUGAUUCAACCUCAACUGAUUUUGCUUCGGGAGGGAACUGAUACUUCCCAAGGCAAACCACAGUUGAUCAGCAAUAUUAAUGCCUGCAUGAAUGUGGUUGAUACUGUCAAGACAACUCUUGGUCCGUGUGGAAUGGACAAGCUUAUUCACAACGGCCGCGAUGUGAGCAUCUCCAAUGAUGGAGCGACCAUCAUGAACCUGUUGGAAGUGAUUCACCCCGCAGCUAAGAGUCUGGUGGAUAUUGCCAUGUCACAAGACCAUGAAGUUGGUGAUGGAACGACCUCUGUCGUUGUUUUGGCGGGAGAAUUACUCAAGGAGGCGAAGUCUUGCGUGGAAGAUGGUAUGGCUCCUCAGGUCAUUAUUAAGGCUUUUCGCGCUGCUUUGGCCGUUGCAAUGAAAAAUCUACAGGAACUUUGUAUCCCGUUUGACCCGAGUUCUGAAGAAGGCCGUAAGAAUCUUGUGCGGUGUGCGGAAACUGCACUCAAUUCAAAGCUCAUUAAUACCGAAUGCCACUUUUUUGCUAAAAUGGCCACAGAUGCGGUGCUAUCACUUGACAGUGACUUAAAUCUCGACAUGAUUGGCAUCAAGAAGGUGCCCGGUGGCAGCAUGCGGGAAAGCAUCCUCGUUGAUGGUGUGGCCUUCAAGAAGACAUUUUCCUACGCUGGAUUUGAACAGCAACGCAAGAAGUUCGAGAAUCCAAAGGUGCUGUUGCUAAACGUCGAGCUAGAACUUAAGGCGGAGAAGGACAACGCUGAAGUGCGUGUGAAGGACCCGAAACAGUAUCAAUCUAUUGUGGACGCAGAGUGGAAAAUUAUCUACGACAAGAUGGAAAAGUGCGUUGAGACGGGGGCAAAAAUUGUUCUUUCCCGUCUUCCCAUUGGUGACCUAGCAACGCAGUACUUUGCUGAUCACGACAUUUUCUGCGCGGGUCGCGUGAGCGCAGAAGACAUGGCCCGCGUAGCAUUGGCCACAGGCGGUGUUGUGCAGUCUACGGUAAGUAAUAUUCCUAAAGAGACUUUGGGAAGUUGCGCCCUUUUUGAGGAGCGUCAAGUAGGGACGGAGCGCUACAAUUUCUUUACUGGUUGCAAAAAUGCUCAAACAGCUACAAUCAUUCUCCGUGGUGGGGCACAACAAUUUAUUGAUGAAGCAGAUCGUUCCCUGCAUGACGCCAUCUGUAUUGUGAAGCGUGCCUACAAGACAGGAUCGGUGGUAGGGGGUGGCGGUGCUGUGGAGAUGGAGCUCAGCAAGGUCCUGCGCGAAUAUUCGCGUACUAUCCGUGGAAAGGAACAAAUGGUGAUUGGAGGAUUUGCGCGGGCAUUGGAGGUGAUUCCGCGCCAGUUGUCAGAGAAUGCCGGACACGACAGUACCGAUACGCUCAACAAACUUCGCCAAAAGCAUCAUGUCGCGGGAAACAGUGGUAAAUGGUACGGGGUGGACAUCAUUAAUGGUGGUGUUUGCGAUACGUUUGAGCGUUUUGUUUGGGAGCCAACAUUGGUAAAAAGGAAUGCUAUUCAAAGCGCUACCGAGGCGGCAUGCCUUAUUCUUUCCAUUGACGAAACUGUUACCAAUCCAGAGUCCGAUGCGGGAAAGAAACAAGCCGCUGCUGCUCGCGGUGGUGGUGCUAUGCCGAUCAGUAAGGCUGGUAUGGGCGGCAUGUUUAAGGGUGCUCCAGGGGUGACAAAGAUGAAGGGCCGUGCUGGACGAUGA